CUGCUAGCCCUCCCCAUCCCUACCAUGAACCCUCCUGCUGCCUGCCUCGCUCCCUGCCCAGCUGCAGGAGGGAAGCGCACAGUUGCUGCGUGCGGUGCCGGAGAGGGAAUUGCCGCUCGGCUUUCGCCUGGCAAACUGCACCCAGCCGGGGGGAGAUAUUAGCCGCCGCUCUGCGGGCUGAAUGCAAAGGAGCUGCCCAGGGAUCCGGGCUCCCUCCGGCCCCUGCCGGGCAGCAGAGGCGUUUGGCCCCCAGAGAGAAGCCGGGUGGACGGGCUGCGUCUUCUGGCUACUUUCAUCAGCUGCAAGACACUGGGCUUUGGAAAAAAACCCAGCCCGCUGUGGGUGAGAGUCUGACCCUGCCUGGACCAGGAGCACAGGACCGCUGUGACAAGGAGCCACCCUCGAGAGGGGCAGAUUCCCCCCCCCCCCGCACGUGGGGUCCCCCUUCAAGGCUGGGAUGUGGUGACCCGGGUACUAAAGGAACCAGCCUGUGCCCCCCUGGAGCUGCAGCUUUCCUGCGUGGCUGGAGCUGGGGGCUCCCCGGCUGCAGCUUUUCUCCUGCUCAGAGGGGCUGGGACUAGGGGGGCUGCCGCCCCUCCUGGCCUGACGUGGUUUCCAUCAUAUCCAGGGUUGACAGUUUGGUUCAACAGCUCUCAGCCCCCCCUUUCCCCCCCCCCCCCGACAAAUGGCUCCAGCCCUCCUGCUCUGAAGGGAAUGCAGCUGCUCCCCAGCCAUGCUGGGCUGCCCUGUGCCAGGUGGAAACAUCCCUGGUAGUUGGAUUUAGAGGGGACCCUGCAGCGUGAGAGGGGGGUCCAGCUCUGCCUCCCCGCCCCCCUCCCAGCCCACUCAGGAUGCUGGCCGGCUGGAGAGAGCUCUCUGCAGGGAUUGGUGCCACGCUUUGCUUCCUCCUCUUCUUCUGGCUCUUGUAUUCUCAGCCACCUAAGGAAGGCAAGGAGCUGGAGGUGGGGAUGUGUGAGAUUACAGCGCUGAACAGAGACCUCAGCCAUCCCAGGAGGAUGAUCGCCCGGCAGACAGCACGCUGUGCCUGCAGGAGAGGCCAAGUUGCGGGCACAAUGAGGGCAAAACCUGCCUGCGUGGAUGCUCAGCUCAUUGCCAGUAAGCAGUGGUGCGGGAUGGAGCCCUGUGCCGAAGAGGAGCAGUGCACUUUGUUAAUAAAUCGUUCAGGCUGGAGCUGCACUCGACAAUUGGGCCGAAUAAAAACUGUCACGAGUGAUGGGGAAACUGAGGCACAGAGCGGGGAUGUGACCUGCGCACACAGAUUCAGUGGCAGUCAGAAUGAGAGCCAAGACUUCAGCCUCCUAGGCCUGAAUGCUAACCACAAGAUGAUCCCUCUCCUAGUAUGCGUGUGUGUAUGGGGAAGGUCAAGUCUUUAAGUAUAGGGCAGGAAGGGGGAAUAUUUGCAUGGCGGGAAAGGGAGCUUGCUGUCUCUUACUCCAGACAGGUGGGCAGAGCACUGUGGUUGCUCCACGCAACGUGCACAGACCCCGAUGGGAGAAACAGCCCCAAGAAAUACAGACCUCUGGCUAAAGUGGGCUUUGAUGGAAAUUGCAAUGAAAUCCCAACCCGCAGUAUUUUCCUUCCACUUGCCCUGAGAGCACAGGGAGGCAGCUGCUGACACCCAAGGGAAUCAGCUUUGCUAACCCAGGGAGAGAAUAACAGAUCCUGCAGGCCCUGCUCUUGAACACACCUCCAUCCCCCAGGGAGAGGAGAAGGUCUAGUGCCCACCUGCCAGCCCCCACUCAGACUCCACUCAGCACUAUCUCUGCCCCAGGGAGGGGAUAAACGGGAGGUGUCCCUUUGGUACAAGCCCUGGCCCUGCAUUAUCAUAGAAUGGACCCAGCUCGGUUCUGCCUUGUCCGAGUACAAAUGCAUCACGGCUUUGUUUCUAGUGCAGGGAACACAGGCAACCGGCUCUGGCACCUGCUCCCUUGUCUUCCCGAAGGAGAGGCCCUCUUCUCCAUUGGGGCUGCCUGCCAGGCUCCCCCCCAUGCCACAGGCUGCAGCCUGGAAUAGGCCGGUACACAUGCUGUCAUUUUAAACGUCUGAAACCUGCAGACUCGUUCCCAGCUGGUUUAGUGCCAGCCUCUCUCAGCACGGGAACUGUAAAGGAGAAGGCGAGAGCACUGGCUGUGGGGGAGCGCCCAGUCCCUGCCAUUCCCAGCAGGGGGGCGCUGUAGGGCACUGGACAGCAGCAGUGCCGUGGGGGAAGGGAAGGGGGCAUACUUUUCCUAAUGCCCACCAGAACUUGGGGAUAUUUUAUAGGCUGGUGGGGAAUGGACAAGCCCGAGCUGUAAAACCUGGAACCAGAUUUGGAACCCUUUCUGACCGCACACGUUGGGGGUGUUGAGAUCAGUGGUUCUGUUCUGGCCUGUUCUAGAUAUGGGGCCAGCUGUGAGGUUCAGAUCUGGAUCCAGGUUCAGAUUCCAGGCACCUCCCAAAAAUCUGGGGAUGUCCGGAUCUAGGGUUUGAGCUGGGGCCCAUUCUGUCAGGCUGCUCGGCCUUUCCCUUCACAGGCAGCCGAGAAAGACUGGAGCCCUGGUCUCUGCUGUGGGGAGGGCUGAGGGGAUGCAGGUGGAGGAGGGUCUAUGUAUCUUGCAUCUGAAGGCUGUCAAAGUGGCACACUCCUGUAGCCGCAUCCCCCAAACGAGCCCUUGGCUCCAGAAGCAGCUGCAUAGCUUCCCUCCAUGCGAGGCCCGGGAGUCUGCUCUGCAGUCAGCUUUGCCAGUGCAUGACAAUGAACGGGGAGCUGGAUGCUGCUGGUGGGAGCCUCAGAAGUGCAGCGGGAUAUUUUAUUAAUGUCAGAGACAUUAAGGUUUGGAAAAGAGCAAAUUACGCUCCCCGCAGCACAGAGGAGACAGGCAUGGCCAGGCCACGGCCGUUUGUCUGGCAGGAAGGCAGCCGUGUGAGCACGGCUGUCCUGGCCUCUAGCCAUCUCCACGUUAUCGGGUUUGUCUCAAGGCCUGGUGGGAGGGACCCUCUGUUGCACAGGGAGGAAUUAGGGCUGGACGGAGCCUUUGCAGAAACCGCGGCCUUCUGGCUGGUUUAGAAUGAGAUGCCCAUGCGAAGGGCUGACCUCUGGGCUUUGAAGUACAGUUUAGUUUCCUGUUUAGUUUCAUAGACACGGCCACACUGGGUCAAACCAGGUGCCCAUCUAGCCCAGUAUCCUGUUGCUAACAGUGACCAGCACCUGCUGCUUCAAAGGAAGGUGCAAGAACCCUGUAGUGGGCAGCUAUGGGAAACCUGCAUUAUGUCUCCUCCUGAGAUCAGUUUAAGCCAUGAAGCAUGAGAUUAGCCCUUCCAAAACGUCUGUUAGCAAUAACUACGGUACGCUAAAUCGGGAUAUGCGUGGUAUCUCUGUAAACGUCCAAUCCCUUUGUUAAUCCUGCUAAAUUCUUAGCCUCAGUGACCUCAUGUGGUAGUGAGUUCCACCGUCAAAUGACAUGCAAAAUCAUGAAUCUAAUUAGCUCUAUCAGUGCGUGGUCAGGACCUGAUGUGCAGCCUCAGGAUUCUGUAUCCAGGGCUGGGGUCCCGUCUGGGUCUGGGUGUGCUAUCAGGGCUUUGCCUUGCAGGGUUGGGUUGCCAGCCCCAGCCCUGGUGAUAGCAGGGGACUUGACCCAGGAGAUCCCUUCCAGCCCCAUCCCCCUAUGACCAUGGAGUCCUGUUUAAAAAGGAUGGAACCCUUUGUAUUGUCAGGGCAUUAUCUGCAUGGUCAGGACUGAGUCUCUGUAUAAGGCUGAGCUCUGAGUUUGGAUCAGGGUCUUUUCUGCAGUUGUCUCUGGGUUUGGUUUUAGGAUUGAAGCUGUUCUGAGAGACUGGGGACUGGUGGAGAAGUCUGGGUAGGGCUGGAGCCCUGUCUGUAAUAUCAGGACUCUUGUUCAUGGGGGGUGGAUUCACUUUUGGGGAGCCCAGGCCUUGUCUAGGAUGGCUAGGGGCUCUGCUGGGCUAGGAUCCCAUCCUUCCAUCCCUCUGACUCAGCCUGCAGGUCCCUGCGUGUCUCUCUCUGGUGUGAAAGCCUGGCGUGCAGCGUAAAACGGUCCUGACUGUUCCAGAGAACAGCCAACUGCGUGCCAUUUCCAGGAAGCAAAGGAAAUAUAAAUCCGCCCUGGGACACUGGGAGUGGGAGCCAGGGGAGAGGAGCGGCGCGUUCAUACUGAUCAGACCCCGUCUCAGAACUGCCCUCCUGCCCCAUUUGCACAGCCCUGUUUUGUAUACUUAAAUAUUCAAAUGUCCUGGGUGGUGGUGUGGAAUCUGCACAUUUCUCCCCAGGAGUUGGGGGAAACGCAGAACCCUGCUUGCUUUCUGGAGCAGAGAAACCACCACACCGGAGCAAAUGGAUCACAGUAAACAGAAACACCCACAACCUCUCUCCGGGAGGUCUGAAAGGGGUGGCACGCCCCACUGCUCUCCCUCCAAACUCUGUGCCUCUUGUCCUGGGCCUUUCUUAUUGACCCCCUUGAGAUUCAAAGUUCAUUCCUGUGGAGGAGCCUCUAAUUCCUUCAGUAAGCCCAACUAAAAGCAGAUCGGUACAGGGAAGAUACUGGCUAGACAAAGCUCUAACCAUCCGGCUUAGGGAAGAGGUUCUUGAUUGGAGGUCAUGACCAGGUGUCAGGGGGGUCAUGACCACCUUGCCCUGCCCCUAUUGGUAAAUCUCAAGGCUAGAUUAUUGAAAAUGGGAUUGCAAUAUGGAAAAGGUAGAGAACUACUCUGGCACAAGCCUGUGGACUGUGUGAUGAGUUGGCUGGGUCUCAGUUCAGCAAGAAGAUCAGGGCCUUGAAAGACAAGUUUCUCAGAGGACAACCAGGGUAAAGCACCAGCCAGCUCUUGGGGACCUGAGAUAAAUUGCCACUUUGUUCCCAUGUGAAACUGAUUUGCUGCUCCCGGCUUAAUCUGCAGGAGACAUUUGUAUGCAAUACCACCAUGUCGAGAGGGCCAGCUGGCAGCCCCAGCUCAGGGGAGGCCCCGACCUAGAUAGCAGAUGAGAUUGCAGGUCAGGGGAGAGCUACAUUGGCAGGUCUGUCUGGGCGACUCUGCAUAGAGCUGAUUGUAUAGCAUAGCCAGACUCCUCGCUAGACCUUUGCUUCCAAAAGCAUGACGUCGUCUACAACCGUUUAAGAAACAGGGAGCUGUUUGGCUCAGGGGGCUGAUAUUCAUUUCCAGUCCAGAGAGUGCGUCACCAAGAGCCGUUGCCAUCAGAAGUUUAUGUGCAAUAAGCGGAUGGGUCUCACUCUAGUUCCUAGUGGACACACACUGUCAUAACUGACACCAAAUGACAGGUCUCGGCAGAGGUGCCGGGGACUGACUGGAUGGAGACUGAACUCCCAUCUCUGGAGAUGGGGUUGCCAUGCCAGGGUUUUAGCCAUGCUUGUACCUGUUCCAAAGAUGUGGGACCUUGCUCUCCAGAGGUGCCUGGCCACACCCUAGAUAUGUUAAUCGGGUGAAACCCGUGGGGGUUUUUAGAAAUGUAAUAGGAUUCUGUAGAAAUUGCUGUAAAGCCCCAUUGAAAUGGGCACAGAAUGGCACUUCCUAUAGCUUUUGGCAUCAUCCCAUUGAAGGGACAGAACCUUGUAUUAGAUUCUCCAGGAUGGGUCAAGAAACUCUAUAGAAAAGUGAUCAUUUCGUAUUCUACCUUAUGGGACUGCUCAAUAAAGGGCAUCUCUCACCCCAGUCAUGUCUGCUCUGGGAGCUGCUCCCAUGGGGAGAGCUGGCCCCAAAAUUCCCAGUGUGUGUGUGUGUGUAUGUACAUGUAAACAUAUGCCUCUCUUUCCCCAGCUCCCAUCUUCCUUCCUCUGUACAAAGAAUCAUAGAAUUGUAGGACUGGAAGGGACCUCGAGAGUCAUCUAGUCCAGUCCCCUGCACUCAUGGCAGGACUAAGUAUUAUCUAGACCAUCCCUGGCAGGUGCUUGUCUCACCUGUUCUUAAAAACCUCCAAUAACCGAGAAAGAGCUAAAGCCAAACUCAUCCUGAGCCAGAUUCACCAUCAAAAAUAUGCAAGCAGCCAUUGGCUGAAAUGGCAAGGCUGGAAUGAGCCCCACAGCCCCCUCCUGCAGCUUCGACACUAGCACACCACCAUCCCAUUGCCCUCCAUCACCACCCUACCCCGGGAUACCUGCCAGUGCCCAUACAGUGACGGGGAUACAGUGGGCAGCUCUGUGCCUCCCAGAACCACCUGGCUCCAUGGACCCAGCAGUGCUCAGUGCAAGUCAUAAAGCACCUCAGAAAUUCAGCCUGAAGGAGGGGGCUGGUAGGCCUGUGGCGCUGGGAAUGAGACAGAGUCGCUCAUCUCUUGGCUUCCCAUUCACAUCUGGCCUGGUGCAGUUGGUGCCAGAGCCUGGGCUUUGCGCACCUAACACCCUGAGGCAGCGGCUCCUUCGACAGUCCCAGCCUCAGAGCGGUGGCCAGCCAAGGGCAGUAUGUGGUGGCCUUGCUGCACUCAGGCCAGUGUGAAGUGCAUGACCCAGGAGCUGCCCUCAGCGAGGCCAAGGACUGAUCGGGGCAGGGAGGCCAACCUCCCUUCUCACCCUGCCGGGCCGGGGUGGAGACGCCUUAGCAGAGUGGCGGGGCGAGCUUGCCCCGUGGCAUCUGCCCUGUGGCUAGACACAGGCAUUCAAACUCCACACACGCAUUAUCCAGGGCUCUCUGCUCAGUGUCCCCCUCUGGUUCGGACCCUGCAGCCUGCACCCCUGUCCCUGUAGGCUGACACCCCCCCUUCUUAUCUGCUGAUAUCUGGGUUUGGGGUGUCUUCCUUCUAGAGGGGGCAGAGGUUUUGUUAUGCACUGGGCUAUCCCCACCAUCACAGAGUUGAAAAAGACCCUUCCACAGUGUCAAGCUCACAGCACAGAGACGAUGCUCUGAGGGGGGAGGGGAAGGGGCUAACUGAAGAGUGGGGACACCCCAGGCAGGAGGCAGCAGACGGGCCUCUGGGUGCAAAAACCCCUGUCCAGGGCCCCGACCUUCCCCAAAGCAUCCAGGGCUGUUGGAGGCAGAGAAGGAUGACGGGGGGGGGGGGAUUCACAGGCUCCCUGUGUGCUUUGUUU